AUGACGUCCGGCAUGUUGCCGUUCAAGAGGUGUAGGUUGAGUGCUUCUCCGGCAACUGGCCUUGUGGGGAUGCAGGAGAACGCCUUCCUCAGCGACUUCUUCGGCUGCGUUGGUUUUCUUCCACUCACCACCCCGAGUCACAUUCGGGAGACGAUGGUGACGAUCAUGUUACCCCGCGCCUCCUCUCAGCAGUCAGUCUUUGGGGACGACUGUGACGAGGGAGGGCACUACUUCGAAGCAGUCGCCCCGGGGGGCGAUCUGAGCAAGACCUCAGCACGAAACCAGUUUCCAAUGGACCCGUCAGCGUGCACGUCCUGGUGUGCGGUUGCUCUCGGGGCGCUCGUGAAGGGUAGCCCGAUCGAAUCGGUGACAAGCUACGCCCAACUGGCACAAGAAGCGCUUGCCAAGAGCAACUCCGGUCCCGGAGACGCCGAGGUCGCAAAGGCAUGGGUAAUUCUGGCUAACCUGCACGGCUUUAUGGGACACAAGGGUUUCACCGAGAUCGUCAAGUUCAAAGACAUCGCCAACGUGUCCUGUGGGAAGUGGCAGGUGGAGUCUUUCCCUGUCCAAGGAGAAAACCUUCCUCCCCCUCAGUUAAACGAGGCUGCUACCGAAGCCGAGCUGUAUCGAUACGUCUCUCGAUCUUUCGUAGCGUUUGAGGAGACGAUCUACACGACCAUGAUCGAGCAGAGCGCGAGUGGCGGCAACGGCCUGUGCGACUCUGAGCCUCAUGGCAGGCCAGGCGGGGUACUACCUCUCCCGGAAGACUUGAUGGCUGCUGAUUUCUCUAAGGCUUUGAAGUCGUUGUUGGACGAUGGCGAUGGUAUCGAUUUUGGACCGCUUCAAGAAGCCGUGGAUCGGUGA